AUGAAGAGCUUCCACGCCUUCGCGCUUAGUCUGUUUGUCCUGUUCUCAAGAGCUGUUGCUGCAGAUGUUCAAUAUGGAGUCAUUGGUAUUGGCAUACAGAUGUAUCAGCCAUUGUGCUGCUACUCUUGCCAUGAUUCAUUGUCCGCUCUAUAUCUGAACUGCACCACAUUCUCGGAGGAUAUGGAUAGGCAUCACGGCGGCAUGGACAUGAAGCUGGUCAAACGUAUGGACAUGGGGGGCGAGUCACUGGCAACGACAAGCGAUGCCUGCUACGCCAGCGACCGAACUUGGCUUGAGAGCUUCUCAUAUUGUGUCCGCGACAAAUGCUCUCAGAAUGGUGUCACGGAGAGCAAACAGGACCAAUGCUUUGCUAAGCUGGCUGCCAAUGGCAAAGCCGUGUCAACCUUGCAGAGCUCUUUGCCUUCUGCUGCCCCUCCAGUCGAGCUAGGAACCGACUCAACCUGGCUGAACUCCACGAGCCUGGUCAAUGAAGAGACCUACUUGGCUAAUUAUGUCACGAUGAAAGAGUUCGUGUCGUCCGAAUAUCGGCACACUCGUUACUCACUUAUCACUAUGCUCUUCGUCAUAGGCAUCUGUCUCAUCGCUGGAACAUGGAAGUCGCACUUCGCCCACAAAGUCGCACUCAAUAGCUUAUCGCUCAAGCUCAACCAGCAUCUUCUCGUACCCGCGACCUUCAACGGCCAUCACUUAUCACCACUGCCAUACCGACUUGGCUAUCUUCCCAAGCGUGCCCUGUCGCUGUUCAUUACUGCAUACGUCAGCCUCAAUAUCAUUUUCUCUGCAGUCUCGUUUCAUCACGUCUCUCCCAAUGCUUGGUACGCAGACCGCCGCCACGAGAUUGCUGCAUACGUAUCGAACCGUACCGGUGUUCUGAGCUUCGCAAAUCUCGCACUCGCCAUUCUUUUCUCCGGACGUAACAAUUUGUUGAUGGCCAUUACUGGUUGGAACCAAAGCACAAUGAUGGCUAUUCAUCGCUGGGCAUCCCGAGUUGCUACCGUUCAGGCUGUGGUCCACUCGAUCAUCUACACUGUUACAUACUUCUGGACUGGCGGAUCCACUGCGUAUGCAGCUGAAGCGGCGAAGCCUUACUACUGGUGGGGUAUCAUUGCCACCGUCGUGCUAUGUCUUGCAGUAGCCUUUGCUGUGCUACCUAUACGCAUGCGUUCCUACGAGGUCUUCCUUAUCACACACAUAGCCUUCGCUAUACUCGCGCUGAUGGGUUGCUGGUAUCACAUUCAUCUGCGAUUUGGUAGCAAGUGGGGCUACAAAGUCUGGCUUUAUGUCGCAUUUGCUUUCUGGAGCUUCGAUCGACUCAUGCGCUUCUUCCGUCUAAUGUUCUACAACUAUUUCGGUAGCCCCAUUGCUGUGGUGAAGCAGAUACCGCAUACCGACAUACUGGAAAUGACCAUUUUUCCAAAGAAAGCCUGGAACGUGCGACCCGGUCAACAUUCGUUUGUUUACAUACCCCUGCUUGGAAAGCCAUGGGAGAACCACCCUUUCACCAUUGCGACUUGGGGCACUCCGGAGUCAAACCGCAAUACACAAACGACUUCGCCCGCAUCCGACCACAAAGAAGCACAAGUUCACGACAUUGAGAUCGACAGCUCUUCUGCUUCGCAAAUCAGCCACGAGGCACGGCAUCCUGAUCAGAUGGUGUGUCUCAUGCGUGCCAGGAAGGGCAUGACUGCUGCUCUCCUGGAAAAGCUGAAGAAGUCAGGAGCAAGCUCGUUACCUAUCUCCGUCAUGACAGAGGGGCUUUAUGGUGGACAUCGUACGGCGCUAUCACCGCUGAAGACUGCCGAUACCAUCAUGUGUAUCGCUGGUGGCAUUGGUAUCACUAGCUCGAUGAGCUUCCUGCAACAAUACGUCAAUGAAUCUCGAUCACUCCCUGCUUCGGGAACUUUGAUGGGUUGUGCCACCAAUUUUGUUCUGGCCUGGUCAGCGCGAGAGGAAGCUCUACUUCAUCAUGUCUCGAGCUCACUUUUGCCGGAUGCGACUACAGCUCUUGCACAAAACAGACAUCUAGAUUAUCGUUUCUGGUGCACUGGGGAGAACGGCAGCCAAGACAAAGGCCUCGAGCAAGGUAGCAACUUGCAGCGAGGCAGGAUGAACAUCGAGCAUGUUGUAAGGUCUGUAGCAGAAAAGGGACGAAGAGUUGUCGUGAUCGUGUGUGCACCAGGAGGCAUGUCUGACGAGGUCAGGGAAGCUGUGGUCGGAUGUUUGAGAGAUGGCAUGCCGGUUGAUAUCAUCGAAGAGGCUUUUGCCUGGUAG